CUCCAGCUCGCCGGGCGCCCGGGGCAGCAGGGGCCGCUGUGAGGAGCUCGCGCCGCCGCCGCCUCGGCUCCGCAACCCGCGGGAGCUCAUUCUCUUUUGAAACCAUCACCCUGCUCACCCUUCUGUUCAGUGCUAGAAAAUUCUGAACGCAGUGUAAGAGCCAGUAAAUCCUGUGGAAAAUGGCCUUCAGUGAGCUUACAUCAAGAACUGUACGUCUUUAUGAUAAUUGGAUCAAAGAUGCUGAUCCAAGAGUUGAAGACUGGCUCCUCAUGUCCUCACCUCUGCCACAAACCAUCAUCCUGGGACUCUAUGUCUAUUUUGUCACUUCUCUAGGACCAAAGCUCAUGGAGAAUCGAAAGCCCUAUGAACUGAAGAAAGCAAUGAUAACGUACAAUUUUUCCAUAGUACUCUUUUCUGUGUAUAUGUGUUAUGAGUUUGUGAUGUCUGGCUGGGGCACAGGUUAUUCAUUUCGAUGCGAAAUUGUUGACUACUCACAGUCACCUUCAGCACUGAGGAUGGCACGCACCUGCUGGCUUUAUUACUUCUCCAAAUUUAUUGAGCUGUUAGAUACUAUCUUUUUUGUUCUGCGUAAGAAAAAUAGCCAAGUGACUUUCCUGCAUGUCUUCCAUCAUACCAUCAUGCCAUGGACCUGGUGGUUUGGAGUCAAAUUUGCCGCAGGUGGUUUGGGAACAUUCCAUGCCUUUCUAAAUACAGCUGUACAUGUAGUCAUGUAUUCCUACUAUGGGCUGUCUGCACUGGGACCAGCCUUCCAGAAGUAUCUGUGGUGGAAAAAGUAUUUGACAUCAUUACAACUUGUCCAGUUCAUUAUUGUCACCAUCCAUAUAGGCCAGUUCUUUUUCAUGGAAGAUUGCAAGUACCAGUUUCCAGUCUUUCUGUACAUCAUUAUGAGUUAUGGGUGCAUCUUUCUGCUGCUCUUUCUCCAUUUUUGGUACCGUGCUUACACCAAAGGCCAGAGGCUGCCCAAAACUGUGAAAAACGGAAUCUGCAAAAACAAAGAUCAUUGAAAUGCAAGCACAACGUGAAUCUAUAAAUGAGACUGGUAUCUUACUUUCCUUGACAAUCAAGAGCUAUUUCCAUGUGAAGUGCAUUUUGUAUAUUUUUCAAAACCAAGAGCUUGUAUUUCUAUGAUAAGUUAUUGGGGUUUCUGAUAUUUGAGAGCCAAAGCUCCCAGAUAACAGAGUCUAAUUAGAGCCUAAAGCAGGCAGUUUUUCAGCUGCUUUUAAACUUAAUCUAAAGGUUUUAUUUAAUACAUUUGUUACAAUGAAAGGAGGAUAUGAAACAGUAUAGUACUUUUCAAAGAAGUCCGGUAUAGAUGAAAAAUAUCAUUAGAUAUUUUGAACACAGACAGAGAUCCAUGCUCUACUAUAGAUUCCUUCUACCAACUCUGAAAUUCUAACUGUGGGUUCUGGCUUUGUUGCUUGUUGAUUAUAUUCAGAAGACACUCUGUUUACUCUAGAGUUGUUCUAAAGAGCUAACACUGGUGAAAAUUAAGUGAAUUUUUGAUAAGUUGUCAUUUAACGUCACUAACAGUAAUUUUUAAUGGAUCUCUUGUGUAGCUACCAAUAGUUCUGCUGGUAAGACUUCCCUACAGCACUUUUGUUGUAUAUACUGUUUGGAAGUAACAGUUCUUUCGGUUACUACAUCAAUGCAUAUGACACUAAGGUUAGGUUAAUAUUUUGAAAACAAGAUGAUUUGUUCUGUGGCUUAAUGAACACUGUGCUGUUACUAUUUUAUAGUUAACUUUGUAUACUUCCGGAAGGAAGUGAAAUUUGUCAAUGGAAAAAGUAGGCUGUAGCUCAGUGGGAAAAAUCUGUGGUCUGUUGUAUGUUACAAUGUCACUUUCUCAUAUUGUCUUGGCUUAAAGGAUUAUCUGGUUAAAUAUGUUUUGGUGAGGUAUAUAAAUGUUCAUAUCAUUAGCACACUACAAGCACUUUUAAAUCAUAAAUGAUUUCGGACCGCCCAUUAUACACAGUUUCCAGAGGUGGGUUAGAGUCAUUUGUGAAGCAACUGGAAGCAAAUGGUGGCACAGAAAUUCUCUAGGGACUACUUGGUUAUGUAAGGGUGUCUAAAUAGAGGAGAAAGAGAGAGGCCGUUUAAUAGUUGUUAUAGAUACAGUGCAUGGAAAGCCAUUGCCCAGAAUUAUGCAUUAAUAACCUGGAUUUAUAUAAACUAUAUAAUGAAGACCUGAAACUCAUUUUUGCUUAGUUUUGUUUCUUUACAAUUACUGCUUUCUAAAAUUCUCUUGUUCUCACGUUUUCUUGUUGGCAAACCAAAAAUACUGGUCAAUAGAGUUUUGCCCCGGAAGCAAUGAUAUUUGGACAUUUCUGAAUUUUUCCCUGUUGCUUUCAUUCUUGUUAUAUUUGUACUCGAUUUUGAAGAACUACUUAUGCUUAUAUGACUUUAAACAAUUAGUCCUUAUGGGCCACAGUUAUGUAACACACAGUGAUAGCAUUGUACAUCAAAGCUCAAGUAAACUCCUUGUAAACUCCUGUAGUUAGGCAUAUCACCCCAAACAUUUAAUCUAUACCAUGGCCUCUUCUCUCACACUUACCAGAUUUAUAAGGCUAUUUGCCUGUAAGUGACCUUUACUUAUUUCACUUGCUUACAAUAUGAGAAGGUGAGAGUUGAUAAAGGGGGAAAUAUCUUAUUUUUCUUAAGUAAAAAAUUAACAGAAAGCAGAGUUAAAAGAACAGCAGCUAUAAUUUAUUUCUCUGAGGGUCUCAGGGUUCCUUAACUCUUUUCCCAUUUUAGCUCUUCACAGCCAGCCAACCUAUGCUAAAAUGAGACGGUGUCCUAGGUACUUUACCCAAUGCACACAACUCCCAAAGACCCAAGCAGGGUAAAGACCAAAAGAAAGCCCAAAGAAAAGAUGGGCAAGGAGAGUUUGGUUUUCAUAAUAGUUUCUGCCCUGCAUUGUACAACCUGUUGUAACCUUCCUGUUGUCUUUAAGAUGUCUGAUUUGCUUGUGAACUAACAGCAACAUGUGAUGGAACCAUGUUCUAAAUGAUGUGACUAGAAGUGGAGAGCUGGAACAUUACAUGAAAAGAAAUCACAGCUAGCACAAGUAUCCUCCAUAUAAACAUCAUUAGAUCAAAAUGAAUAUCACUGGAUGUAGGUUGUACAUGGACAUUGUCUUAUUAAAGGGCUCUGUGGGUCACACAGAGUUUCUGUUAAGGUUUCAUCCACUUUUCAGGACUUUAUUGCCUUUAGAUUUGCUUACGUAACAAAGAGACCAGUUAAAAAACCUGGUUUACAACAUGAAGUUCUAUGAAUCCUUGAAAACCUAUGUCUGUACUGUAAAUAAAUACAAAUACAAAAUUUUAAAUGUCUA